AUGCUAACUCUGUUACUAACUGAAGAAUGGUUUGUUCAAUCUUUCUCCAACUUGAAUUAUUUGAACUAUCUUGCUCAAAACCAAUACCUUGAAGAUGAACGGUUCAUGUCCUACCUACGAUAUCUUUAUAACUACUGGUCCCAACCAGAGAAUGUCAGGUAUAUAAUUUGGCCCAAUUGUCUACACGUACUAAAGUUAUUGUUGAAUAGUCUGACAUUCAAAUAUGAGAUCUUGAAAAGAGAAGUGGCCGAUAUUAUUAUGAAUGGUAUGAUUGAAAAUUGGCAUAAAAGCAAAAGUGUGGAAAUGGUCGGGAAAACAAAGGGGGCUAGUAAUAGUAAUGGAAGUACCAGCAUUGAGAACUAUACGGAGAAUAAUAAUGAGACUGAAACUGUUAAUGGUCCAGCAACCAAUCCAAAUACAACUACCGACAUCGACAUGGCUAGUAAAGAAGAUUCUGCUUCUCAAUCAGCAAUUAACAACAGCUAG